UUUGAAUGGACUCAUUUGAAAAGAAGCGGACAAAUUUUCAAUUAGCGACCUCUGGGAGGAAAAAACAAAUCUCCGCACGUCGACGAGGAAUCGAAGGCGUGGACGGAUGGACGGAUGGACUCGUCCGUGCACGGGCUGCCCAUUAAAUAUCCGUUGCUGCAAUUCCUCAGUUUCGCUCUGCCCAAGCCGUGGAGCCGGUGAGUGUCCACGGCCGAAACGAUCGAUCGGUCCCCUCGGCAUGAAGCUGUCGAUCGUGGGCUCGUCGGUUUGAAAAAGGCCGAGCGAGCGAGGGAGGCGCGAUCGCCCGUUAGCUCCAAUGGAGACGUGUUUCGAGAGCGAUGGUGGUGGUCCCAGAUUCGAAUGGCGGAGUCAAAAGCCUUCGGAUUCGGUUCAGAGUCUGAAGAGCAACAGCAGUGGGCCAGUGAGUCUGAGUAGUGAGAAAUUCCGGAGGCGGCAGCAGCAGCCGCAGCAGCAGCCGCAGGUGAGAGGAGGGGGUGCAGCUGAUGGUUGCAGCCACCGGGUCGCUGUUUACGUGGAUCCAGCUCUAGAGAAUGAGAAUAGGAAGGAUUUGGAUGAAGGCGAUGAAGAAAGAGAGCUCAGACGAGACGAGGAUGAAGAUGGCGUGCAUGGAGAUCGCAUGAAACCUCUGGCCAGUUUUCACGCGAACAGGCCUUCCCUGGGAAGGCGUCUUGAAGAGCGUGACUCACCAAAAAAGGUAGCGAAGUUAAAAGAGACUCGACGGCUUCGGGAACGAGUUAAUUCUGGAUCCACCCCAAGACUGACACUUUUGAACGAAUGUAAGGAAAACAGCGAUGGCCUUUUCCCUUUACGUCCAGGAAAAACCCAUAUCAGAGGGACGAAUCAAAAGAGUAGCAGCCCAAAAGCUAUUAUGAACUCGCGAAUUUCAAGAAGCUACGGGAAGAAGCGAAGCAGGCUGAAGACUGGAGGCGUAAUUCAGCAUGCUGUUAAUGCCGGCUCCCUUGGUUCUACGGAUCAAUUGCAGAGGGGAGGAAUGGAUUUGCUUUUAAUGGUCCUUGAAUCGGGAUUAGUCGAGGCGGAAGAGCAGCAGAGCCAUCCCUCAGAAAUUUCAUGCCAGACACAAUCGAUAAAGUCAGACCUGAAUCAAAGAAUCUCCCACUAUCGGGCCGGAGAAGUCCCCGCGUCUCGAAAAUUCUCGGAAGAAUCUUUCUCCGAGGGAACGCGCUUUCCAUGUAAUUCCGAUGCAGCUCAAGAGAUAUGGGAAGAAAAAUCUGAAAAUAUAAAACUUGAUGAAGAGGACUCGGAACAUACCACAGACGAUCCAAUUAUCUGUUCCAGCAUGGAGCAAAUCAGACGUCGGAGAUCACCAACUCCUCCCACUCACGAAGAUGCGUACGAAGAUUCAGACACUCACGCAGAUUCCGAUUCAAAAGCCUUUCUUUGCAAACCCAGAUCAAGGAUGAACUUGUCGCGUAAGAACCAAGAGAUCGACGGUGAUGAAGAAGAAAUUUAUGCUAGCGAGGCUACUGGAUGGAGCGAUCUUACAGGAGUUACAAUCGAGCCAGAUGCGGAAAUUGGGCUAUCACUGCCUCGUGCCAUCAGCGACAGGCAUACCGAGGCCUUCAAAGACUUCCAACACGAAACUCACGUGAAUGAUUCGGAGAAGGAAUUUAACGCAGUCUGCCUCGAUGCAAGAACCAAUUCCCUGCCGAAUGCAGUACCUUCGGCGGAGAGAUACAAGCAAAGUCAGAAAGAGGGAGGAGUUCACAGAAGCGAAAGCAGUAGCAGUUUACGAGUUUUUCACGAGCCAAGUCUGAUCAUUGCUCACGAUAUUCGACCAUCUCUCAUACAGCCAGUGCAAAUUGUGGGCAGACUUAAUCAGAGCCUGGCCAUAAACACAGAGAGGGGCAUGCGAGCUUCCCCGAUGGAAGUCGAUGUCGGUCUCUCGGAGCUUGUCGAGGUGCAACAGAUCCCAGAGUCUGCCCCGCAAGUGUGUAAAGCGAAGAGGCGGAAGACUCUGGACCAUGUUUCAGCAUUUCAUUUCGUCGGUAAGCGAGGGGAAGUGUCGGCAAUAGAUGAUUUAGCUGCAGACCAGAAGGAUAAUGGGAAUCCUCCGCUGGUUAUUUCCAACUGCUCGGAGUCAGCUUUCCGGAAGUUUGAGGAUCCAGUUCACAAAAACAAGCGCAGCACAACUGAGAGACAAUAUAGGAAAAUUCAACCGUGUACAAAAUCAUGGUGGGGCAGCUCAGACAAUGCUAGUGCUCAAGAGCAAGCGCUUCCAGAUCAGAGGGAUUUAGAAGGCUUUAGACUGGAACAGAACACUUGCCAUAAUGAAGGUCGGCAAAUUCUCUACUCAAGGAAUCUCAGUGGAUGUGAUGAUGGAGAAUUAUUACUCCGACUUGGUGACUCAUCAGAACAAGGGAGAUCCAGUUCUGUACACACUGAAGUCGUCGUUGACGAUGAUUCUCUAGCACUUUCGGAUGCAGUCACUGUCGCGCAAUUAGAGGGACCCCCGGAUGCUGUUCAUGACAUGGUCAGAGUAGUACGAGUUGCUGACGGCUGUACAAAGCUUUCUUGGACCGGAUGUCAGGCUGUUUUAUCGGAGACAAAUAUGUCUGGAUCACGAAGUCAGCUGCCGGAAGCCUUAGAAGCCAACAGAUCAGAGGUUGGUGGCUUGAAAGCAAAAGCAUCUGCGACAACUGGGAAGAGAAGGCGCAGAAAUGUGCCUCUUGUUGCCUCUCAUUUCCAAGACAGUCACCCAGCUAAGUUGAUACUAUCGAAAGAUUGGUCCGAACCUGGUGAGGCAUCAACCGAUCAUCCAACUGAUAAUCCUUCUGUUAGUGCAAGCACUGGAGAAGGAUCGUGUAGAAUGGGAAUUGGGAGGAAAUCUAGGAUGGGUACAGGACCGAGAAAGUUUCAUGCAGUGGGACCCAGAACGAAAUUGCUGGCUCAAAGUGUGGGAAACUUCUCAAAUUACGUGGAUGCCAAUUCCUCACUGAGUGGCAGGGAUGAGCGCAUGGUGUCAGGUGCCGAAUACAAUAGCCAUUCCAGUUGCUUUCCUCGUGGAGCAGCUGAUACAAAGAACAUCCGACAGAGAAGGGGCCAGAAAAAGGCCCAGCGAGAGAGUCUGAAAGUCAAGCGGAGUAUGAGCAUGGCUGGAAAAUUUAAGCGCCUUUCAGAACCCAGUGGAUUCUUGGGUGACUUCAAUCCCGGUAUUAUCCAAAGGGUGAGAAAUAGUCAACAGAUUCAUGCCGUUCUUGGAGCUCUUGUCGGAGUAGCAACUUCCAAAGUAGCCAAUGAAGUCUCCAGAAACUCCAGUGAAGUUCUAGACGUGAGAUUGAAGGAUGCAAGAUGUACUUCCGGAGGUGGCACUACUUUUAAACCCGAACCAAUCGACUUCAAGCCACAUCUAGGAGUACAAGAAAGCAUAGCUGAAAAGGAUACUGUCUGUUGUAGUAGACUCUCAGAAGAUUCAAAUAGAUUGAAUUUGGUUCAAAAUGUAUCUCAUGGCGUGGAAGAAAGUGAUGGAAAAUUCUCUAUUCACUCGGGCGAAGUCCGUGACGAAAUUUCACGAAGAUCAAAAGGAUUGAUACUGGAUAGACGCCCAAGAGAAGGCCAGUCUGUGCUUCAUACAAGGGCAGAGGAUUCGCAGCCGCCUACGGGAUCUUUAGACCGAAGAAAUGACGGUGGGCCGUAUGAAUUUUUCACUUCGAAGCCAGAGCAUCUUGACACCCACCUCCAGGAGUCUGUUUCCAUGGACGAGAACAACGCCCGAAGUGCCAAAGCCUCUACCAAUCCUCCAGCUGCAUGCUCUACUGCAGUUGCCGGAUUUGCGGCUCAAUGGCUGGGACUUCUCACUCUCGAUAUCAAAGGUCGUCUCUCAGCCCUGAAACGAAGCAGAAGGAGGGUUCGCGCACUCCUCGUUUCAGGGCAAUUUGGGAAAACGAAAGCAAUAGCUUCCUUCGGCAAUGUCGGAGCAGAGGGAUCUUAUCCAGCGGAAACGAUGAGAGCUAUACAAGAUCCAGCUGACUACAUCACGUGGGCUAGUGAACAUACAAGAGUAGAGUCUGCAGAAGAUAAAUGGCGUGCUUUGUUCACUAAUAUGGACGGUGUGCUUUGCAUGGAGGCUGCCAAACUUGAAAGUAAUUUAUGGCAGAUUCGGCAAAUGGAGGUUCUAUGCCAAGAUCCGAGGCCAAUGCCCUCGGGUCCUCUGCUCCCCAUCGUGCCCGACUUUACAGCUGGGAAAGAGAACUGCCCACCAGUAUAGGUGCUAUCCGACACAAAAACCAAAGCAAUGAAAAGUUGCUGCGGCUGUAUCUACAGAUUCGAUGAUGUCCACAGCAAGCUGUUAAACUAGGUCUUAGAAUCCACAAAAUUAUAUCAAAGCAGAAGCUUGAAAAGAAUUUUUUUCAAAAAGGGCCAGUAUAUUUGACGAUUGUUACAUCACAUCUCAGAACAUUACAUUAUGUACACCAAUUUUUUCAUUAAUCAAGAGUGACCAAAGUCACACAAGAUGUCAAUAGCAUUUUCCCAGAUGAAAAACC